AGAGACAGACAAACACCCUGAGACAGACAACUCCAUCUAUAUCGUGUAUUUACUGACUGGUGACACCGCUCCCUGGGCAGAGACAGCCACAUACACAGCGUUCAGCAACAAAAACUCAGCAACAUGAGCAUUUCUUAUGUAAAAGCAGAGAAGCUGCAGCCCACGGAAUUUGAGUUCCAAUACUACGACGAGUAUGAAUAUUACAACCUGACCGACCGCUACGCCUUGCCAGCUGCUGCCAGGAAAGGUCGCACCAAAAAAGAAGCCCAGGAGAAUACAAAUAGGGACAGUCCUUGUGGUCACGAGAGGAAGAUUGUCGACAAACUGCAGCGCAGUGAGGCCAAGAAAAAGGGGAAGCAAGGCAAAGAGUGAGAAACAGGAUUAUUCUCCGGAUGGCACCAGGACGCAUGGACCGACGGCAACGGGACAGACACAGGAAUCUCCGAGAAUCCGCGGAGUGGGCGACAGACUGACCCUCUCCUGGAGUGACGGAGCAGGAACAGUGGCAGAACGAGGGAGCCUGCUCCUCCUGACUAGCCACAAGGAGCCAAGAGCAUCUUAAAGCUAAUCCAGGGCAGGAUGAUGUAGCAGUCACUUCCUUAACCUCUUAAUGGCUGCAGGAGAUGAAGCAAAGUCACUCUAGUAACCUCUUCAUAGCUGGACAGUCAUGAAGCAGUAAAUUCUCAACUCUUCCAUAACUGGAGGGAGAGGCUCUAGAUGGUUGUUAGGGUUGGAGUAUGUAUCAACCAAAAGAGAGCAGCACAUAAAGAAUACUCAAUAAAAAAGAAACAAAUGUGUUUAA